AACAAGUGCCGGAAUUAAAUGUUAGUUAUAAGCCACAAAAGAUAUCACCAAAAUUUCCGGGCACAGUUCGCAUGCUCUUUUUAAAGAAAAUUAAAUCAAUGUUCAUGCAUCCACAAUUUCAAACGGAUGUUGUAAAGCCCAUGCAAAUUGAUAAUAUCAUUGAUCAAGAAGUUGCAAAUUUGUCUGGGGGAGAACUUCAACGAGUAGCUAUUGUGCUGGCAUUAGGUCAUCCCGCAGAUAUUUACUUGAUCGAUGAGCCAUCCGCUUAUUUGGAUUCUGAACAACGUAUUGUCGCUGCAAAAGUUAUUAAAAGAUUUAUACUUCAUAAUAAGAAGACUGCUUUUGUAGUAGAACAUGAUUUUAUCAUGGCGACAUACUUGGCAGAUCGUGUUGUCGUUUAUGAAGGGAGACCAUCUAUAAAAGCUAUGGCUAAUUC